AUGGCUAUGAACAAAUCAGGGGUUGCAGUUUUGAGGGCGAGUUUGGUAAUUGUAGCUCUCUGCAUAGCAGGUUACAUACUAUGUCCUCCUCUCUAUUGGCAUUUCAAAGAAGGUUUAGCUGCUGUCAAACAUUCUUCUUCUUCUUCCAAUUGUGCCCCUUGUCUCUGUGAUUGUUCUUCACAACCCACUUUUUCAAUUCCUCAAGGGCUGGGCAACAUUUCAUUUGGAGAUUGUGCAAAGCCUGAUCCAGAAGUAAACGGAGACACUGAAAAGAAUUUUGCAGAGCUAUUAUCGGAAGAACUAAAGCUACGUGAAACUGAUGCUUUAGAAAACCAGCGACGUGCUGACAUGGCUCUCCUUGAGUCAAAGAAGAUUGCAUCUCAAUAUCAGAAAGAAGCAGACAAGUGUAAUUCUGGCAUGGAAACAUGUGAGCAGGCAAGGGAGAAAGCUGAGUUGGCAUUGGUCGCUCAGAAGAAGUUAACUGCAUUGUGGGAGCUUCGAGCUCGCCAAAAAGGAUGGAAAGAAGGGGUUGCCAAAUCUAAUGCUCAGUCUCAAGGAAAAGUACAAACCUCUUAG